CAGCUGGCGGUGGUGUUGCAGAUCUGCGAGAAGUUCAACAAUGCGGACAUUCCCUCGAUCACCCAGGCUGACCAGACUCAUCCCUCGGAGACGUCCGUUGCCUCGUCGCAUCUCGACCAAGCCUCAUCCAAGAAUCCAUCGCCAGCCUCGCUAUCUCUGUCUGGCUCUCGGCUCACCGUUCGUCAUCUUGCUGCCAUCAGGGAGGAGAUUUGAGCCCAUUCCCAGGAGAUCACCGGCCAAAUGCGAGUCUGCAGCAGCUGCUGUGGUGAUCGAUGCAUCGAGCCUGCUGGACGAGGAGCGGCGUCUAUUGGGUUUAUGGGAGGACGUGUGGUACGCGUUGCGGCUGGUGGUCAAGGCGGUGCAGAUGGCGUGUCUGGCGUCGCCGCUGGUGGUGCUGGUGCCGCUGGCCCGGCUGUCUGUGUGGGUGGAGGAUGUGUCGUGGCGGUACGUGUACUGGGCGGUGGAGCGGUGCGGCCCGUGCUACAUCAAGUUCAUGCAGUGGGCCGCCACACGGCCUGACCUCUUCCCUGCCGACAUCUGCCAGAGAUGCGCUCGGUGAGAUGACAGCUGGGAAAAGAGGAAGACACACACAUGCAUCCGUGUGUGUGUGUGUGUGUGUAUAUGUGUGUGCGUCAGGUUUCACUGUUCGGUGGCGCCUCACUCGUUGCGUGCGACCGAGUAUGUGCUGACCCAUGCCUUUGGACCCUCAUGGCGGGAAUCCCUCGAAAUCGUCGACAAAGAGUCAGCGAGCGAGAUGAUGAUGAACACGAGCAGACAAAUGGAGGAAUGACACUGCGUUGUGUGUUUGCCCAGGCCGAUCGGCUCAGGGUGUGUCGCGCAAGUGAGUCGACACUCGUCAGCGCGCUUUAAGCCACUCUGCUGCUGACUGUGACGACGUGUGUGUGGUGGUGUUUGGUGGGUGUGUGUGUGUUAGUAGGUGUACCGAGGUCGUCUGCGGCAGCAGCACUCGAGUGACAGUGGCAGUGACGGGUGGGUCGACGUGGCCGUCAAGGUGGCGCACCCGGGGAUCGCAGAGCGGAUACAACUCGGUGAGAGGGAGGCCAUUGACAUCGGACGUCGGAUGGAUGGAUGGAUGGCUGUGGGUGGUGCGUGAUGGUCAGAUCUGCAGCUGAUGCGUGCGGGUGCGUCCCUGCUGGAGGUCUUCCCGAGCAUCCGAUGGCUCGCACUCAGAGACAGGUUUACACCCACACACCCACACCCACACCCACACCCACACCCAUGGUUCAGCCUUCCUGUCUGUCUGUCUGUCUGUCGUGCAGUGUGGAGCAGUUUGCGUCGGUGAUGAGUCGGCAGGCCGACCUGAGCGAGGAGGCCGAGCACAUCACACGAUUCAGACAGCUCUUUCCACAAAGCUCACACGACAGAGGUGCUCACAACACACACCUGCACACACAUCGUCACUUCUGCAUCUGUGUGUGUGCGCGCGUGUGUGUGUUGGCAUUGGUAAGACACUGUGGUGUUCCCCGAGGUGGUUGACGGCCGUUGGGUCCACCCGGAGGUGCUCGUCGAGCGGUUCGAGGACGGCACACGCAUCGGCGAGUGGAUCGAUCAACAGAACCAACACGACGACACUGCCGUCCGUAGAAGAACCACACACACCCACGCCCCUUAUCUAUGAAGCCCUCAUCUCUCUCUCUCUCUCUGUUUCUUGCGCAUGAUGCAGUUGAGGAAACGAGUAGCCAACCUGGGCAUAUCAGCUUUCCUCAAGGUGAGUGACAUCACUCACUCACACCACCGCCCCAAUUCUCUCUCCCCCAUGCAUCCACACGUGCCUAUCGAUGGAUCAGAUGUUGUUCAUCGACAACUUCGUCCACGCCGACCUGCACCCCGGCAACCUCCUCAUCCGCAUCGAAGACCGGCCAGACGGCAAGUCGCCGCCCAGGAUAGUGCUGGUCUUCCUCGACUGCGGCCUCGUCACGGAGCUGCAGCCGCGGGACCGACGCAACUUCGUGUCGCUCUUCAGAGCACUCGCCAAGGGCGACGGGCAGCUGGCCGGUCAGACUGGUGGAGAGAGAGGAGAGAGAGGGGUGAGAGGCAGAUGUGGAUGUGCUCUGUGCGCGCGCGUGUGUGUGUGGGUGGGUGGGUUAUGCCAGGUCGGCUGAUACUGCGUGAGGCGAAGCAGCAGCGGUGCCCCGACCCACAGGCCUUCGUCGACGAAGUCGACACACUCCUUAACACUUUCCUCAAGGUGCGCAAACCACUGUCCGUCCACCUCCCCCACUCGCCACCGUCACUCUCCCUCUGUGUGUGUGGUGCGUGUUAUACUGUCUGCAGCAAGGUGUGCAGCUGAGCCAGGUCCGUGCGGGCGAGAUCCUCUCCCGGCUGCUGACUUUGGCCUCCCGCCACCGUGUGCAGCUGGAGGGCAACUUCGUGUCUGUGUGUCUGGCGGUGAUGAUCCUGGAGGGGCUGGGGCGGCAGCUGGAUCCGCACAUCGACCUGCUCAAGGCCGCUGCGCCGUACGUCAUGAGAGCUGCACUCACACUGGGCAUCAGGGACCAAUAAACCUGCAGUAGGACGUGGGUACCAUCUCAUUUCGUGGUCGGCUUGAAAGGCUUAGUGUUGUUGGAAAGAAUGGACUGCAACGGGAGGUGCGUGGUGCUCGUCAGUCUGUCUCGGGGUGAACAAGUCACAAA